AUGUCAGGUUUUGAGAAAGAUGACAUUUGUAGAGGUGGUUACCUAAAUGGGAAUCUUCCGCCUGGAGUGUAUUCUACGUUUCCAGGAACUGAACAACAAAUGGUUACAGACAGCAAAGUUGUUGACAUGUUGGACAUUCCUGGUAAAGGUCGCUGUUAUGUAUACAUUGCAAGGUACUCAUAUGAUCCAUUUCAACAAUCUCCAAAUGAAAAUCCUGAAGCUGAGUUGCCAGUCAAUGCAGGAGAUUACUUGCUGGUUUGGGGUACUAUGGAUGAGGAUGGUUUUUUUGAUGGAGAGCUCCUGGAUGGUCGUCGAGGUUUGGUUCCUUCCAAUUUCAUCCAAAAAUUAGUUGGAGAGGACCUUCUGGAAUUUCACCACGCUGUUGUCCAAGGACUGAGGGACUGUGAUGAUAGUGCUUCCACCAAUGUUGGUCAAGAAUUGGAGUUUUCAGGACAUGAAAUAAUGCCCCUCGAUGAAGGCGUUUAUGGGAAGCAGCGGCUGUCACAACAAGAAUAUGCUUAUGCUGAGCUAGAUGACAUUCUGGAAGAAGAAGAUGAGGAACAAAUGGGAGAAGGUCCAGCCCUGUUCUUCUCGGUGCUAGUCCCAGCCCCCAAGCAGCUCACGCUGGAGCGACAGCUGAACAAGAGCGUGCUCAUCGGCUGGAAUCCUCCAGACAAUUGCCCACCAUCUGCUAUAGAGAGCUACCACGUCUACGUUGAUGGUGUUCUCAAGACCACAGUUAAGGCAACAGAGCGGACGCGGGCACUCGUCGAGGGAGUUGACUCCACCAGGCCCCAUCGCAUCAGUGUUCGUUCAGUCACACCAAAUCGCCGUACUUCACGGGAUGCAGCAUGUACAAUGGUCAUAGGGAAAGAUGUACCUCUUGGUCCAACUAGUGUGCGUGCAAGCCGUGUCACCAGUUCAUCAGCUGUCAUCUCUUGGCUACCAAGCAACAGUAAUUAUCAACAUGUUGUAUGUGUCAACAAUGUGGAGGUUCGCACAGUAAAACCUGGAGUUUACCGGCACACAAUUACUGGCUUGGCUCCCAACACAGUUUACCGAGUGACAGUGAGGGCAAAAAACAUAAGAGCCCCACACUUUGAUGAGAAGAAUACUCAGCAAAUGGAACGGCUGUCUGCACACAUUGAUUUUCGCACACUACCAAAAGGUCUGCCCGACCCUCCGGUUGACAUCCAAGUGGAGCCAGGCCCUCAGGAUGGAACCCUGCUAGUCACCUGGCUCCCUGUUACGAUCAACACAACAGCUCCGGUCACAGGCUAUGCAGUCUAUGCCGAUGGCAAGAAAGUCACUGAUGUUGACAGCCCAACAGGUCAGUAUUGUUCAGAGCUUUUAUGUGUUAAAUAA